AUGUAUCAGAUUUUGUCUUUAGGCUAUUAUUAGAAAAUAGUAACAUGCACUAACAUUGAGUGGGUAUGUAUGAGAAGCAUCUGCAAACGAAAUGCUGAAGGCAUGGGUUAUCAUUGUUUGUAUUGUAUAUCUGCCAGUAACAUGUGCCGAAAAACAAUUUUAUAUAGGGUGCCAUGGUCCUAAGGAAGUGACUCUUUGGAUAUCUCCAAGUGGUUAUUGCUUUAGGGACAGUGUUGUUUGGUGUAAACGUCUGCGCAAUUGUACCACCUUUGACGGAAAUUUAAUAAUAAGAAGCACUAUGCGAACAACUCAUCCAAAGUAUAAUCAAGUAAAGGCGUAUUUUCCACUGCUGCGAGAGAUUACUGGAUUUUUUGCCAUUACAUUUUACGAGCAACGAACUUUUGAUUUACUGCCCAAUCUGUCUGUAAUUCGAGGUGUCAAUCUAAUUGGAAACUAUGCACUUGUGGUCUAUUUCAAUGGCCUGAAAUGGAUGUAUUUUCCCAGAUUAACAACUAUACUACAUGGUGGUGUUCGAAUUGAUAGAAAUAUUAAAUUGUGCUAUGCUAAAAGUGUACAAUGGAAAUCAAUUGUUAAGGAUAGAGAUCAAUCUGAGAAAUUUGGCAUAGUUAUCGAGUCGAACAAUUUAAAUUGUGGCAGCGGUUGUUACAGUGAUUCUUGUCAUGCUGCUGCUGGACAUAGUGAUGAUCCAAUUGCUCAGUAUUGUUGGGGCCCUGGGAAUGCACAUGACCAUCAAUGUCAGGAAUUUUGCGAUAAUCAGUGUGCAUUACAUGGUUGCGUAAGAGGUCAUACAAACAAAUGCUGCCACAAAGAAUGUUUGGGAGGUUGUACCUCUGCUGAUUCAACUUUUUCUUGUAAUGCCUGCAAACAUUACCGAGUUGAGGCAACAGGAGAAUGUGUUUCAAAGUGUCCAAAGACUUAUGUUUUGGUAAAGAAUUUGUUUUGCGUAAAAUCUUGUCCAAACUAUUUUUUGUUAAAUGGUGAAUGUGUGAAGGAGUGCCCGGCUGGUUACCUAGAGAAAGCAAACAACAAAUGCAUAAAGUGUUCUGACCCAUCACAAUGUCCUCGAGUAUGUAAAUUAAAAGGUGAAAUGGUAGACAGAGAACGCUACAAAGGUGCAUUGAUUCGAGUUCCAGCAGAUAUUAAACUGAAAGGAUUAAGUGGUUGUACUGAGAUCAUUGGAAGUUUGAGGUUUGAGUUACAAGAAGGAACUGGUAACAUUGAUGAUUUUGCCAAAGGUUUAAAAUCGUUGAGGAUUAUUAGGGGACAUAUUAUGAUACGCCAAUCACCAAGUUUGCGAAGCCUGGACUUUUUAAGCAACUUAAACCUUAUUGAUCCACCUAAAGAUGCAUUGAUCCACAAUAGAUAUGCUGUAUCAAUUUAUGACAACGUCAAUCUAAAGGAACUGUGGAAUGCAUCAAAACCAAUUACUUGUACACGUGGAAAAAUCUUUGCACAGGUCAAUCCAAGAUUAUGCCCUCGUGAAAUAUUCAAAAUAACUGAUCAAAUGCUGUAUGAAGAUAAAAAAAAAGUUACCGCAGAUGUCUCUGAACAUAGCAAUGGCAACCGUGUUAACUGCGAUGUAAAGAGGUUAGAAAUGGCAGUGGAAGAAGUUACAGCAAGUAUAGAUGACUUAUUUUCGGGACAUUUAGAUGUACCUCUUUCAUGUGCUACUGAAAAAUGUGUAAAAGCAAAGUGGAAUUUUCAUCGAGACACAUCAUCACAUUACAUAUUGUUUUAUACAAUAUAUUAUCUGAAACUUGAUAAAGGAGCAGCGACCGAUCAAGAAUUUGUUGAUGAUUUUGAUCAGAAUCUUCAAUGGAAAACAGUUGAUGAGCAGAAACCUGCCUUUGAUUUUACUUCUGUUAUUAAGAUGAGUACAAUUAUCACUUCUCUCAAUGCUUAUGCAACAUAUGCGUUUUACAUCAAAGAAGUUGUGUCCAAGGGAGAAGGGAGAACCAGUAAGAUCAAGUAUCUUCGAACAACCCAAGCAAUUCCUUCUCCUCCUCUUGGUGUUGAAGCAUCCUAUCAAUCCGAUUCUUCUAUUUUUCUUCAAUGGAGAGCACCAGAUGAACCGAAUGGUAACAUUAUGCGGUAUGAAUUAUACUGGCAAAGAGCAAGCUAUUCCUUUUGGCAAGAUCAGAAAUCGUUGGAUUGGUGUAAAAGAGACGUGAAAGGCGGUGUGCAGACUAAACAAAACCUAAACAUUGGAGAUUCUUCAUGCAAGGCCAAUUUUACCUGCAUUUGUGACGCAGAAAAAGAAAAAUCAAAAGCAGUGCAAGCUGAUCGAGAAGCAGCCACGUUUAUGAAAGAGUUUCAAGAACGCAUAAACAUGAUCAUCUUCACGAAACAGCGAGAGGCUGACACAGACGAAAAGGUUAUAACACCAACACAGUUGUUGCUACCAAAUAAGACUCACGUCACAAGUACUGUGUCUAUAGCAACUGAAAAACCUAUUGUUUUUCGACAGCCUAAUGCCAAUGUUAGUGGGACAACUUUUUCUUUUCUCGUGGAAGGUCUGGAAUACUUUCAAGACUAUAUUUUUAGGAUUUGUGCUUGCACGGAAACAAGUGAAAAAGGUGGCUGUGCCAAACCAGGUUCUGUUAUCACAGCUCAAUGUGGGUACGCACAAGCACGUACAGAUAUCCACAAAACUGCUGACAAUCUCGCAAGUCCAAUUAAUGUUACUGUGCAAGAAGACACGUACAAUAUCACGUGGACUCCACCAAAACAACCAAAUGCUAUAGUUUUAAAGUAUGAUAUCUUGAUUAGCUACGGUAAUAACAAAGACGAUAUCCAAUAUUGUGUCCAAGGAAGCUCUCCGUCAUUUCUUACUCGAACAGCACCGACGGGUAAUUACGUUGUUAAAGUUCGAGCAAUCAGUCCUGCUGGAAAUGGUUCAUGGAGUAAGCCCGUGACUUUUAGUGUUGUUAGUAAAGAAGACAGCAAGAACAUGUCACUUGUGCUUGGUGUCAGUCUUGGUGCAGUACUUCUGAUUCUCUUCCUGCUGGCUUUUAUCAGUUAUUAUGCGCUCUUUAAAAGAAAUAUCGUCAAGGGAGCACCAGGGGUACUUUAUGCUAGUGUUAAUCCAGAAUACAUGAACUCCAAUGAAGUUUACAUUGCUGACGAAUGGGAAUUGGAUCGUGAAAAAAUUGAGCUUCUUCGCGAGUUAGGCCAAGGUUCAUUUGGAAUGGUAUAUGGAGGCAUAGCGCAUGACAUCGAUGGGGUCACAGAACUACGUGUAGCUGUCAAAACAGUGAAUGAGAACGCGUCUCUUCGUGAUCGUAUCGAGUUCUUGCAGGAAGCGUCUAUUAUGAAAGCAUUUAAUUGUAAUCACGUCGUAAGACUUAUAGGUGUGGUCUCACAGGGACAACCAACGUUUGUUGUGAUGGAAUUGAUGGAAAGAGGUGACCUGAAGACGUUCUUGAGAAGUAGAAGACCGGAGGAGAAAGGUAGCCUUUUUCCACCAAAACAUGAAGAGAUGUUACAAAUGACAGCAGAAAUUGCUGAUGGAAUGGCAUAUUUAGCUGCUCGGAAAUUUGUUCAUCGCGACUUAGCAGCGAGAAAUUGCAUGGUUGCGAUUGAUUUCACUGUCAAAAUCGGUGAUUUCGGUAUGGCACGUGACAUCUACGAGUCGGAUUAUUAUCGCAAGGGAGGGAAGGGUUUGCUACCUGUUCGCUGGAUGGCGCCAGAAAGUUUACGAGAUGGCUUGUUUACAACUGCUUCUGAUGUGUGGUCAUUCGGUGUAGUGUUGUGGGAGAUAGUUACUCUGGGUGCUCAACCAUACCAAGGAAAAUCAAACGAAGAGGUGUUGCACUUUGUUUUAAAUGAUGGUCUGUUAGACUACCCUCCAGAUUGUGACAAGCAGAUGCGAGAGUUUAUGGAAUUGUGUUGGCAACGCGACCCGAAGAAUCGUCCAUCGUUUCUUGAAAUCAUCCGUUUACUGGAAGAUGCGGUGUCUGAGGACUACAUGGCAUGCUCAUUCUAUCAUGAGAUGAAAAGAAAAGCGCUGGAGGAUACGCUCUGCCAAGAGGGUAACCUGCUGGAUUUGUUACAAACGCCGUCUAGAAGUACCAAACGGGAUCCGCUCGAUUUCAUGCACACUGCGUCUAUAUCGUCUUCAUCUGUCGAUUCUGGAACGUUCAUUGAUAGUGGUAAACGCGAUCCUGAUCAGAUGUCGGAAACGAACAGAAGAUCGGAUUUUGAUGCUGAACAGAAAAUAGAUUCCGAUGGUUCCGGUUCUACUCCGAAAUCGGGAAAACGGAAUUGCAAAAGCUUGUAUGAUAACUAUGGCACGAUAGGAGACAACAUGAGGUAUGGCGACACACCCAUUAAAGAUUUCGAGCAUAGUAGACUGAUUGACGAUAAAAAACCGCCGUUAAAGCUAAACAAAAUCUUCUUUGCUAAGCCAGUGGCCGUGUAAUAAGGGAAAGCGAACUGAGUUUGUCGCUGCUAUUUCUACGGAUAUCGCAUAGUAAUUUUUAACCCGCAGGAUGUAUGUAUUUGGUGUACUUGGUAAGCACUUUUAAUUAUUUAAAUGUUUAGCUAGAUGAUCAAACAGUGCAGGUUUACUUCUGUAUGUAUGUGUAAAGUCAAAAGGUUCUUUCUAAGUUGAAAAGAUGGUAUCUUUAAUGCGUUUGCUUAUAGUUGUAGUUCCGUUAACCUUGUAAACCGCGUGCUGUUGAGUUUGAGCUAAACAUGCGGUAAUAAUUUGUUUGUAUAUUAUAUUUAAAGUCCAACCCUAUAUUCAGUUACGUAUUUCACUAAGACUUUUUCCAGAACUAGUGAAAUACCUUCUACGCGUUUCAUCAAGACCAGUUCUGAACUAGAGAAAUCCCCCUUACAACCCCCGCCCCUUCUAUAUGAAUUUGUAUGCGUAAAUAUUGAAUUGAAUUUAUAUUUCUAAGACUAAAAAUUUUUUUGUUUAGUUUAGUUAUUAUAACAACCUGUUUUUACCGGAAUUGAAGUUUUGUAACUGAAAUGUUAAAAGGGUGUGAGGUUAGAUUUUGAAUGUGGUAGCCUUCACCAACAUUGUCGUCUGAGACGUAAAAAUAUCAAUAAGCUUUUAUACCAUUUUUUUUAAACAUCCAAAUAAUCAAAGGGAAUUAUAUUCAACUAUAUUCAGUUUUGUUAUUUAAUUGGGAUGCACCACAUAUAUUUGCAGAAUGCACCUUCGUAAUUUGCUCAACCGAGUGUGAAUAUGUUAUGCUUUAUUUUACUAAGGAAUUAUUUUUUUCAACAUUUUUUUAUUUUACUUCAUUUGGUUUGAUGAAUACGUAUGUUUCCGCCCAAACCCGCGAUUUUUUUUUUAUAAUAAUGGUCAUUUACACGCGGUUUUUAAACAAUAAACGCGUGUGAACGUCUUCGUGUGAAAGACACGUGUUCUUGUUAUUUAUUUUUCUACUGAAUUUUCCUAAUAUUUGUCAGUAUAUUUUUACAUAUAUAAUUGUAUUUAUCGUAAUAAUACUUUUGAUAACAAUGUAGUAACAUGUUCA